AUGCAGCGACGGCGGCGCCCUCCGCCGCCAGUCUCCCAGCUGCCCGAGGGCUGCGGGGGAGGCGGCGGCAGCCGCGGAGGAGGCGGCGGGAGCGAGGAGGUGGAAGUGCAGUUCUCCGCCGGGCGUUUGGGCUCCGCCGCGGCGGUUUCGGCGGCGGCGGCCACGCGCAGCACAGAGGAAGAGGAGGAGAGGCUCGAGCGCGAGCACUUCUGGAAGAUCAUUAAUGCCUUCCGCUACUACGGCACCAGUAUGCAUGAGCGAGUGCACCGAACAGAAAGACAGUUUCGAUCACUCCCAGCUAAUCAGCAGAAACUACUUCCGCAGUUUCUUCUUCACUUGGACAAGAUCCGGAAAUGCGUUGAUCAUAAUCAAGAAAUACUACUCACCAUUGUGAAUGAUUGCAUACAUAUGUUUGAAAAUAAAGAAUAUGGAGAAGAUGAGAAUGGAAAGAUUAUGCCAGCAUCUACAUUUGACAUGGAUAAGUUAAAAUCCACAUUGAAACAGUUUGUGAGAGACUGGAGUGAAACUGGGAAAGCAGAAAGGGAUGCCUGCUACCAGCCAAUCAUUAAAGAAAUUUUAAAAAAUUUUCCAAAAGAGCGAUGGGAUCCUUCUAAAGUAAAUAUUCUGGUACCUGGUGCUGGACUAGGAAGACUGGCCUGGGAAAUAGCUAUGCUAGGUUAUGCUUGUCAAGGAAAUGAAUGGAGUUUUUUUAUGCUCUUUUCUUCCAACUUUGUACUCAACAGAUGUUCUGAAAUUAAUAAAUAUAAGCUUUAUCCCUGGAUUCAUCAGUUUAGCAAUAACCGGAGGUCAGCUGAUCAGAUUCGACCCAUCUUUUUCCCUGAUGUUGACCCCCACAGUCUUCCUCCCGGUUCUAACUUUUCUAUGACAGCAGGAGAUUUUCAGGAGAUAUACUCAGAAUGCAGUACCUGGGACUGUAUUGCUACCUGUUUCUUCAUAGACACAGCUCACAAUGUAAUUGAUUAUAUUGACACAAUAUGGAAAAUACUCAAACCAGGUGGAAUUUGGAUAAAUCUAGGUCCUCUGCUAUACCACUUUGAAAAUUUGGCAAAUGAACUUUCCAUAGAAUUGAGCUAUGAGGAUAUAAAAAACGUUGUCCUGCAGUAUGGAUUCCAGGUAGAGGUGGAAAAAGAAUCUGUCUUGUCAACAUAUACUGUGAAUGAUCUCUCCAUGAUGAAGUACUACUAUGAAUGUGUCUUGUUUGUGGUCCGUAAACCACAAUAA